AUGCUCAAACAUCUGUACGAUACAGAUUGUGUCACUUGGUCACCAUAAGGCAAAUUAUUCUAAGUAGAAUAUGCUAUGGAAGCUGUCAAAUAAGGAAGUAUAUGUUUGGGACUCAAAUCAAAUGAAAAUGUUGUAUUAUGUAGUCUCAAAAGACAACCUUCAGAAUUAGCAGGCUAUUAAGAGAAGUAAUUUAAAAUAGAUGAUCAUAUGGCUAUUGCUAUUGCUGGAUUAACUGCUGAUGCACGUAUUUACUGAUAUUUAUCAAUACAGGUGUUUUAUGCAAAUACAUGAGAACAGAGUGUUUAGAAUACAAAUAUACAUAUGAGUCUCAUCAUCCAGUAGGAAGAUUAGUUUUCAAAGUAGCCGAAAGUAUGAUUUUUAUAAGAUCUUAAAGAGUCUCAACAUAAAACCUAAAGCGGGGCAAAGAGACCUUAUGGUGUUGGAUUACUUGUUGCUGGCAUUGAUCCUAAUGGUGUUCAUUUAUUUGAAACAUGUCCAUCUGGCAAUUAUUACGAAUAUAAAUGUUAAGCAAUUGGUUCAAGAUCUUAAGCAGCAAGAACUUACUUCGAGAGUUGGUUCCAUUUAUUCGAAAAAAGCACUUUAGAAUAACUAAUCUUGCAUGGAUUAAGUGCAAUUAAGAAGGCAAUCAUGGAAGAUGAGGAGUAAUUGAAAUUCGUAAACAUUAUUUUAGAUUGAAUGAGAAAAAUGUAGAAGUCGGAAUUUUAGGUAAAAAUUUGAAAUUUACACAUUUAAAUGCAUAAGAAUUAAAAGAUUAUAUAACUAAGCUAGACACAUUUAGUCCAAAUUCUUAAAUUCAAUAGGAGUGA